CCAACGACUUCGUUUCGCGGACAAUAAAAGCAAUAGACGGAAUCGUGCUCGCUAUUAGUUGGUGAUCAAGUUCAAGAGGAAAUUGUUCUGGUGUAAAAAACGACUUGUGAAGCCUUGCAAACUCUGUUAUGAAUUUUGAGGAUUCUACUAUUUCUGCCUUUUAUGAAGGCCGGUCCGUGUUUGUGACAGGGGCUACAGGAUUUGUCGGAAAGGUUUUACUCGAAAAAUUAUUGAGAUCAUGUCCUGGCAUAAAAAAUGUGUACAUUUUAAUGCGAGAAAAAAGGGGAAAGGAUCCAAGACAAAGAUUAGAAGAACUGAUGAAUUGCAAGGUCUUCGACCUGUUGAAAAAAGAACAUCCCGAAGCUUCUAAAAAAGUAAUUGGUAUAACGGGGGACUUGUCAUUACCAGAAUUAGGUGUUUCAUCCAAAGAUCUGAUCAAAAUGGCAGAGUCUGUAUCUGUCGUCUUCCAUUCAGCUGCUACUGUCAAGUUUGACGAGCCACUAAAACAAGCAGUAAACAUGAAUGUCUUGGCAACGAGAAGAAUGAUUGAACUCUGUCACAAGUUACCUAAUCUUGUGGCGGUGGUUCAUGUUUCGACAGCCUAUGCUAACUGCAAUCGAAAAGAAGUGGAUGAAGUCAUCUAUCCUGCACCCAUUCCGCCAAACCAAAUAAUAGAAGCUACAGAAUGGAUGGAGGAAAAACUGCUGGAUUCAAUCACUCCAAAAUUGAUUGGGAACAGACCAAAUACAUAUACUUUUACAAAAGCUUUAGCCGAAAAUCUCCUAAUUGAAGAGUCUGAAACUUUACCAGUUGCCAUCGUUAGACCAUCAAUUGUGAGCGCAUCCUGGAGGGAACCUUUUCCAGGUUGGAUAGACAAUUUGAAUGGACCAGCAGGAAUAAUCGUCGCAGGUGGCAAAGGUGUUUUACGAACGAUGAUCAUCUAUGGCGAAGUUGUAGCUGAUAUCAUUCCAGUUGAUGUCGUCAUAAAUCUCAUGAUUGCUGUAGCGUGGUACACGGCAGUGAAAAGACCAAAGAAAACUCUGGUUUAUAACUGCGUUUCUGGACCACUGAAUAAAACAAGUUGGAACGAUAUCAUGGCUGUCACAUACCCAAUGUUGCUCAAAUACCCAAGUGCCGAGCUGUUUCGAUACCCCAAAGGCAGCUUUCGUCGUAAUCGAUAUGUCAACAAUGUCUGCAUUGCAUUUCAGCAUUAUUUGCCAGCGUUGUUCGUCGACCUGUUAGCAUACAUAUUCUUCCAGAAGCCUGGGAUGAUGCGAGUUUAUCAAAAGGUCCAUAAGGCUACAGAUUGCUUGCAGUUCUUUACCACCAGAGAUUGGGAAUUUCAUUGUGAUAAUGUACUUAUGUUGCACGAUGCACUCUCCAAAGAAGACAAAAAGAGGUUCUUCUUUGACAUUCGUGAGCUAAACUGGUCUUACUUUUGGGAAAACCACGUGCUUGGCUGUCGGAAGUUUAUUUUAAAAGAGGACCCAUCAACGAUACCUGCUGCAAGGAAAAGUUUAAGAAGGAGAUACUUUGUAUCCCAAUUUACACACUUCUUGGUUGCUAUAGGAGUGUGGAAGAUAUUUUUCUCGCGAAUCCUAUCUGUUAACAAUAUUUGGUAUGCGGCUUCUGCAGCGAUGUUCAAAAUCCAAGAUUUUCUCCAAGAGUCUUAAACAGAACAAUGUGUUCUUGUUUCACCGAAGUUUUAACUGAAGUUUUUACACCGAAGUUAUUUCUGCACGCUCCUUGUAUUAUUUGUAGUAUACUCAUUUAAAGUGAUGUAGAUUUCUCGUUUUCAAUGUCUAAAGGGUGCAUGGGUUUAUGGGUAAAGUAUGACUAAAUUCCAUAAACUUUAAUGCUAGAGUCCAAAAUGUAUUUGGUAUUAAAUCUGUUGCAGAAUGUGCAUGUUGGUUAUAUAUCAUGUCAAAUGAUGUUCCCAACUUAAUUGAUAUCAAGUUAUAGCUAUUUAUUAUUGGUUGUGCUCAAUUAAAGCGUUUAUGAAAUAACUUCUUAUAUAUUUGAAGCCUUAAAAAGUGCUUUUUAAGAGUAUUUAAACUCUGCGUUUUAAACUUGAAAAUGGUUUCAGGAAAUUUGCCACUCGAACUUGUCAUGUGUUUUAGUUUUCCCAUCAAGUCAUUUGUUGAAUCAUAAUGAAACUGUUUAGUCCUUGUUUUGUGCCUUGUACAUUAUGAAUUUUAAACAUAUAUUCAAGUAGUUUCAAUUUGUGAUUAUCUCUCGUUACAUUUUUUGAAUGACGAGUGCAUUAAAAUUUACGACGUUCCUAUGAAGCUUUGUUGAAUAGUCAAAACACACAUUUACUUUCCUUACUUUAGAAAAGAAAAUGUUGCGUUAUGAAUUGAUAUGUACAUUUUGUAUCUUAUAUGAAAAUAAUCAAGACUUGUUAUUCAUUUAAACUUAUGUGUUGAGUUAUAAUUAGUUUUAAGGAAUGUUUUAGCAAUUUACAUCUUGAUUAUACAAUGUAAUAAAAUGUUAUUUAUCUGU